UAUAGUAGCGCGCGCGCAUAAGGGACUCUUUAUACUCCAUGCGCGCGAGUGGAUCGCACGCGCGCUGCUCCCGCGACUAAACAUACGAACUAACUACCACCCAAUAGUACCAACUUAAAAACUUUAAUUUUAUUUUGACUUUUUUGUGUGGAGUGUGGACAGUACUGUGACCAUGAGUUGGGAAGAGCAUAGACCGUGUGACAAGGUGGAGAUCAACGAAGCUGUGGGGAAGCUGCUGCAGAGCUUUAACUAUGAAACCAUCGUGCCACAGCCUGCCAAGGGCGGCGGCUGUAUGCGUCGCGCACACGUGAAGAGGCCGAUGAACGCGUUCAUGGUGUUCGCACAGGCGAUGCGCCGACGCCUGUCCGAGCAGCGGCCCUCGCUGCACAACGCAGAGCUCAGCAAGUCACUUGGCUCCAUGUGGAAGAGUCUAAGCGAAGAAGAGAAGCUGCCAUUCGUGAAGGAGGCAGACAAGCUGCGCACACAGCACAAGCGAGAGUAUCCCGACUACAAGUAUCAGCCGCGCCGGCGCAAGCCACCGCCCGCCUCCACCGCGCGGCUAAAGCGGGAGCCGUCGCCUGACAGGUCCCAAAUAGACUUCUCCAGGAUAGAAGUGGACGGUGCACUGCUGGACGGCCCACCCGAUGGCGCAGAGCUCGACCAAUACCUGAAGCCACCGGCUCCAGUUCCCGACUACCACGAGCUCCAGCCACGUUACUCCCACAGUCUGUCCCACCACGCGCCGCCGCUGUACGCGCCCAUGCCCUCACAUCUCCACCCUUCCUGCGCAGAAUGGCAACACUACACGGGACACCCCUAAAGAAAAGAUGUUCUUUUUGUAAAAAAUCUCAUAUCUAUAGUACCUAUCUCAAUCAAUGGUUUAUUGUACUACUUAAUGUUUAACUGAAAAUUCUCUCUAAUGUAAAGUAUUCUGAUUUCAUUUUCUAUGUAAGUACUGCAGUUAAUGGUUGUUAUUUUUUAUUAAAGUUACAAUUAGGUCGCCUGUCUGGCUAUCUAGCAUUAAUGUAAAUAUCAGCAUAUGGAGAGGUCCGCGCACGUGCGUUUAAUCAGGGAAGUUAGCGAUGUAGCAAACAUUAUUAUUAUGUUGUUUAUAGAUAAGUCUGUGAGUUCCGAUCGCAAUGACGGCUGUAUAAUUCCAAGAAACAUUAAACUGCUUUAAAAUAAAAUUAAUAUUAUUUUGAAUUUUACGACAGGUCCUAGUUAUGAGUAGCUUACCUACUAGGAUAGCUAGAGGAAGGUGUUCUAGUAAUGGUUUUGCUCAUCUUGUGGGAAAUAUAGUACAUCUACCUGUCAAUAUAGGUACAAUUAGAAAAGUAUCUCAUAAAAUUUGGAAAAACCAGUGUGAAUGCACAAUUUAAUAAUAAGGGGUUACUAUUUAAAGGUCUAUUUUAUACACAAUUCCUCAGGUUCCAAAGUUAAUUAGAGUUAGUACUUAAGUAAGAAAAUGUUAAAUUAUAAAGUUUUCCUUUAAGAUAUUAUUGUGAUUAAU